AUGGACCAAGUAUGGAAAAUGCUUAUCCGGGUUGUUGAUAUGUGGGUUGUUAUUGAGAAAAAUGGACAACAACACCUUGAAAUGGUUAUUCAAGAUGGAAAGGCUGAUAAGAUUCAUGUGACCACUCGGAACCGAGACUUCCAAGAUUGGAUUGAAGUUGUCAAGGAGCAUGAGACAUUUUAUCUUUAUAAUGGAGAGCCGGUUGAUAACGAUGGGCCUUUCAAAGUUUGUUUUAAUCCACUCAAGCUCAUCUUCAAUGGAGGUACCACCAUGACAAAAGCUGAUAUUCCUGAAAUACCAACUCACAAAUACAAUUUUCACCCUAUUAAGCACUUUCUCAAAGGAAACUACAAGCAUGAUAUGUUGUAUGAUGUUAUUGGGGUAUUGCAAGAUGUUUUGAAGACCCAGAUGGGAGGUGGUGGUAGGAAACCUUGCGUCAAUAUCACAUUACGUGAUGUCGAAGGCAAUGUUAUCGAGCUGGCGUUAUGGGGUGAUUACGGAAAGCAGUUCAUCAACUACACUACCCCUAACAACUUUUCUGGUCCUACUAUUAUAAUCUUGACACAUGGUUGGUGCAAGAUAAAUACAGUCUCUGGUUUACCAUCGUUGUCCAACGCAUGGAACGGCUCUAGACUUUACAUUAAUUUGGAGCAUCCACAGGCUGAUGAAUUCAAAGCUAGUUUUGGAGAAACUGUUUUGUCCAACUUACCUGCCCCUUCCCAAUCAUUAACUGCUGAUUCAUCCAUUCAAUCUACUAACAAUUUUUGGACUAGCUUGGGUGAGGUCAAGAGUAUCCGUGCAAUCUCUAAAGCCGCAAAGCGGUAA